CUUACACAACGCUAGCCCGAUUUUCUAAUCGUCCUCGCGGCGUGAAAAAGCUGCCGUCUCGUGCGCGUGGCAUUGCAACGUGCAAGAAGAGACGCCUCUGCAGCGCUGCGUCGCGGCAGACUGUCAUCCACAAGCUGCGCACCGUGCCAACAUAGCUGUCGGCGCCGCGGCCUCGUAGACGAGCGCCAUGCGGCUGCCGCUCGUCGCCGCAGCACUCACAAUAACACAAGCCAUAGAGCAACCCGUGGACUACGUCAACCUGCUAGCUGGUUCCUUCACCAGAGGCGACGUCUUCAGCACGGGCAACACGCUGCCGUUGGUAGGCCGGCCCUGGGGAUUUAAUCACUGGGCCCUCCAGACGAACGACGGCCGAAGCGCCUGGUGGUUCAAUGGUAAUGAUCAUGAAUUUAAAUGGAUACGAUGUACCCAUCAACCGAGCCCGUGGAUCGGCGACUACGGCUGGUUCAUGGUCGGUCCCCAGAUGGGCGGCUUCGCGUCGAAUCCUACCGGUUUUUUUGAACCUCGAGCAGCUACGGUCUUGCCGCAUGUCCUAGAUUUCCGGACGGCGCCCGAUGGGAUGCGUGUUGAGUUGUCGCCGACGAUGCAUGGCGCAUCUCUCCGAGUGACCUUCCCGGCGACGGCUCGCCUAGAAAAGCGCAUCUGUAUCAAAUUAGGAGGUGGUGGUAAUGAUGGCUACGAGCAAAGUAAUGGAGGUGUGGACGCGCGGACGAACAGACAUUCAGGAGCGGUUGGUUCCAAUUUCGCGCACCACCUGCGGGUGGAGUCAAAAACACCAGCGCAGUUCGAGGGGAGAGGCCGGGACUGCUUCUGCUUCUCCUACGACCGCGGUGCUACCACGGUGGAAGUUCAUCUGGCGACGUCGUUCAUCGGCAAGGCCCAAGCCUCGAGGAAUCUGCAGGAAGAGCUCAAGCCCCACGACGCCGUGCGACAGGAAGGAGCGGACGAGUGGAACUCUCUGUUAUCAAGGGCGUCCGUCGACUCUACGGAACUAUCGGGCAAGACCGCACGGGACCUCCAGGUGUUUUAUACUGGACUCUACAGAGCAUUGACCUUUCCUCGACGUCUGGACGAGCCCGGCGACAAUGGCCCGAUCCACUGGUCGCCUUACAGAUCUGGCGUCCAGUCAGGCACGCUCGUAACCGAUAAUGGGUUUUGGGACACGUUUCGGACCGUCUAUCCCUUAUUAGCUCUACUUUAUCCCGACGCGCUACAGUGGAUCUGCCGGGGCUGGCUGAAAGCCUACGAGGAAGGGGGCUGGAUACCGAAGUGGGCCUCGCCGGGCUAUCGUAAUAGUAUGGUCGGCACGUACGGCGACGUCGUGUUGGCGGAGGCCGUCGUGAAGGGCGUGCUGACGGGAGAUGACGCUCAAAAGGCCUGGAACGCGCUGCGGCGAGACGCUUAUGAAGAAGCUCCACCGGGCGGAGCCGUGGGCAAAGUCGGUCUUCGAGUGUAUGAGCAGCACGGCUACAUCCCGGACGACUCCGGGGUCAGUGAUUGCGUUUCUAGGACCUUGGACUUUGCUCACGCCGACUGGGCGACGGCGCAAGCGGCGCGUUUAUUGCAUCAUCCGGAGGACGCCGAGAAGCUGACGCGGCGGGCCCAGGAGGCCGUGCGCCAGUCUUUUGAUCACCAGACGGGCCUCAUGCGGCCCAAGAGUCGAUCAGGGAGAUUCUCCGUGCGCUUCGACGAAACGCGGUGGGGAGAUGGGUAUACAGAGGGCUCGCCUUGGCACCACUCGUUUCCGCCGUUCGACGUGGAGCUGUUGUCGAGGCUCCAUGGCUCGAAGGAGAAGUUGAGGGAGAAGAUUUUGCAGAUGACGCGCGUGCCGUCGACGUUUGAUCACGGGGGUCGCUUGCAGUGUCCUUGAACGAGGCGUCGCGUCGAUGGCGUCUCGAGACACUACCCACACACAGGCUACGGCCAGACGAUCCACGAGAUGCGCGAGAUGCGCGCGCUGGCCAUGGGCCAGUACGGCCACAACAACCAGCCGAGCCAUCACGUGUUGUGGUUGCUUGGCUUGUUGGGCUAUAGAAACGACCAGGACAAACUCGUCCGAGAAGUUAUAGAUAGAGCCUACGGCGUCGACUUUUACGCCGGCGACGAGGACAACGGCGAGAUGGGCGCCUGGUUCGUAUUAGCCGCAUUGGGGCUGUUUUCCGUGUCGCCGGCGUCGCCGGACUACGUGAUUGGUAUGCCUUUGUUCGAGAAGGUGUCGCUGCACGUGCCGGGGCGCCCGGUGCUGGAGAUCUCCGCUCUUCGGAAAGAUCGAGCUGACUUAGAUGUGGUGGAGACGGCGCUGGACGGCGCGAAAUUAGCGGAGACGAUCUCGUUCUCGCAGUUGGUGAAAGGUGGAUCGUUGAUAACGAAGACGCGCGACGCUGGCGACUCUCUGGCGUCGUCGCGCGACUCCUUCUGGGGCAGCCUCACGCGCAAAGACUCCGCGCGCCAGUCGGACCACGCCGAGAGCGCCAACUUCUCACCCACAGAAGUGCCCGUCCACCACGACAUUGAGGAACGCGGGCCGCACCACAUCGUCGCGACGCCGGCGCCGAUCCGCGACCACCCCAUGCUGCGCGCGCACCGCGACACGGUGCAGCCGUCUUCAUCAUUCCCGGUCUGGGCGCUUGUUGGGGUGUUGGCGGCGUUUUUAUUAGGACGAGGGUCGAAGCGGAAGCGGGCGAACGGGAGGCGGUCAAGGGUCGUGUAGUAAAGUUUUUAGGA